GAUCUUCGGGUUAGGGCAAUUUCCCAGGGCUACUGAAUAAACUUGAAAAAUACCGUUUUCUUACCUUUCCGAAGCCAAAACUUGUUUCAAGGAAAGCUUUCCAAACCAAACGACUCCAAGAUACGAUGGCUUUGUAGAAACCGGAACCGACCCAGCCGAUCCCCUUCUCUUUUGCUGUAUAUACCAUACAGAUUUCAGAGGUGUAAUAAAAAUCGUCGGAGAUCCACGGAAAUGGCUCCGGCGAAGAAGGGCAAAGCGAAGGUCAAUUUGCCCGACUCAACUCACUCCAAAAGCGACACAAAAUUCCCCUCGUGUUUGCGCUUGGUCCCUCCCUCUUCCGUCGCCAUAACAAUCCACGCCAAGCCCGGCGCCAAAUCCUCCUCCAUCACAGAUUUCGGUGACGAGGCCUUAGGGGUGCAGAUAGACGCACCGGCCAAGGACGGGGAAGCCAACGCUGCACUUCUUGAUUAUAUAAGCUCUGUUCUAGGCGUGAAAAGAAGGCAGGUGUCUAUAGGCGCUGGUUCUAAAUCUCGAGACAAGGUGGUGAUUGUGGAGGAGGUAGUGCUACAAAGUGUUUUUGAUGCUUUGGACAAAGUCUCUAAGUGUUAGUGAUCACAGGAUGUAUUUCAUGGCAAUUUGAUAUAUGUUGCGUCCUUUCUCUGUGCUCUGUAUUGUCACGCUAACAGAAGGAUUGUUGAACUAAAAUUGCUGUCAAUAUCAUUAUCAAACGAUGAUCCUAUGAAAGAUGUACUGGUCCUACUGGAUAUAUUUCAGCGAAGCAUGUGUAUUUUAUUUUUAUUUUUAUUUUUUUGCAAAUAAAGAAGUUCAAUUACUAAAAAUAUCCGUACACCAAGGAGGUUUGGGAUUGGCAUCAGCAAUACAAUGCAUGGCAGCAGAUUUGUGACAGUAAUCAGAAGUAACAAAAUUCUCGGUGAGAUGAAGUCCCCAACUAGGCCAUUGGACCAGCACAGAUGUUCUCUUGAGCAUGGUUCAUUGUCACGCGUGUACCCCAUGUAAAAUAUCCCAACAAUCAGGCCAUUAUAAUAAGAUCAAUGAUGCAAA